ACAGCAGCUCAGUGCGAGGAGGUGCGAGGAAGCGAGAGGAGGAGGAGGAGGGGCGCCCCCGGGUCUCUAGUGCGGGGUCGGGCCCACAGGGGCCCACAGGGGCCACCUCAGGAAGACUCUGGGUCCCCGCUGUGCUGGGACAACCGCGACAACUGGGUCCUGCGGAUAGGGCUGGGCUUGGACACCUCAGGAGGAAGGGACAGAUGCUGCAGGCGCCAUGAGCUCCCCACAAGGACCAAGCUUCCUGUCGGGGCUGCUCUCUGGAGGUGCCUCCCCCAGUGGCAAUGAGGGCUUCUUCCCCUUUGUGCUGGAAAGGCGGGACUCAUUCCUGGGAGGGGGCCCAGGGCCCGAGGAGCCUGAGGACCUGGCCCUACAGCUGCAGCAGAAGGAGAAGGACCUGCUGUUGGCCGCAGAGCUUGGCAAGAUGCUCCUGGAGCGCAAUGAGGAGCUACAGCGGCAGCUGGAGACACUGAGCGCCCAGCACUCUGAGCGUGAGGAACGGCUGCAGCAGGAGAACCAUGAGCUCCGCCGGGGCCUGGCAGCGCGGGGCGCAGAAUGGGAGGCCAGAGCUGUGGAGCUGGAGGGGGACGUGGAGGCCCUGCGGGCCCAGCUGGGAGAGCAGCGCGCCGAGCAGCAGGGCAGUGGGCGUGAGCGGGCGCGGGCCCUCAGUGAGCUCAGCGAGCAGAACCUCCGGCUCAGCCAGCAGCUGGCCCAGGCCUCGCAGACCGAGCACGAGCUUCAGAGAGAACUGGAUGGCCUUCGGGGGCAGUGCCAGGCUCAGGUCCUGGCAGGAGCAGAGCUGAGGACGCGGCUGGAGAGUCUGCAGGGGGAGAACCAGAUGCUGCAGAGCCGCCGGCAGGACCUGGAGGCCCAGAUCCGACGCCUGCGUGAGGAGGUGGAGAAGGGCCAGGGCAGGCUACAGGCCACCCACGAGGAGCUGCUGCUACUGAGGCGGGAGAAGCGGGAGCAUAGCCUGGAGCUGGAACGCGCGCGCUCCGAGUCCGGGGAGGCAUUGAGCGCGCUGCGGAGGCUGCAGAGGCGCGUCUCGGAGCUGGAGGAGGAGUCGCGCCUUCAGGACGCCGACGUGUCGGUAGCCUCACUGCAGUCGGAGCUUGCUCAUAGCUUCGAUGGCGACCAGGACCAGAAAGCGGACGGACGCAGGGACGCCCCGAACACUUGGUCCCCUGAGAUCCAAGAGGCGUUCAGCCACCAGCCUUCACCCCAAGAGGAGAGCCUGGAGCCUCCCAAGAAGCGAGCAUCUCUAAGGCCAGGGGAGAUACUAGAGGAGAAGGAGGCCGAAGUGGCCCGACUGCAAGAUGAGAUCACGCUGCAGCGGGCAGAGUUACAGUCCCUGCGGGAGGAGCUGCAGAGGCAGAAGGAGCUGCGGACACAGGAGGACCCCGAGGAGGCCCUUAGCGGCGCCCUCUCGGAUCGGGAUGAAGCUGUGAACAAGGCGCUGGAACUGUCCCUGGAGCUCAGCCGCGUCUCUCUGGAGCGGGACUCGCUCUCCCGGGAGCUGCUUCGCACUAUCCGCCAGAAGGUGGCGCUGACGCAAGAGCUGGAGGCCUGGCAGGACGACAUGCAGGUGGUGAUCGGCAAGCAGCUGCGCUCGCAGCGCCAGAAGGAGCUGAGUGCGGCCGGAUCUGCCCCGCGUCGCGCCGCACCGCGCUUCUCGCUGCGCCUGGGCCCUGGGUCCGCCGGCGGCUUCCUGAGCAAUCUCUUCCGAAGGACCUGAAGGCUGGGCGAAGGAGGCCGCCCAUGCCCUCUGGUUCACUUUCCUCUUCUGGCCAGUGUAGCACCAGGGCCCUGAUUGUCUUCCAGAGGGGGUGCCCUCCCCGCCCCGGGAAGCUGGGCAAAGGCUCAAUGGGAGCAGGGGCCAGCUUUGGGGGCCAAGGGCCCCAGGUGGGUGGCGGGGCAGGUGAGGCAGAGCUGAGUUUUCAAUCUAUAUAGACCUAUAUUUUCUAAGCACCCUGGGUCUGCCAUGCUCCAGGGCAGAGAUGGGGGUGGGUAUUUAUGUAUCAAGAUCAAACAGAGUAAUAUAUAAAAAUCAUUACACCGA